CAUCGUCCAAGAACCCACAGAAGUGAACGUUGACCGUGAUCAGUAGGGUGCAGUGGGGGUUCGAGGUUGUGUGGUGAACGACAUGGUGGGGAUAAAGCAUAGUUACCGAGAGGAGCUUAGCCGUUAGGUCGUUGAGUGGUCGUGGCUAUGCGUGCGUGUGUGCACGCGUGUGCAUGCACGAUCGUCGGCUAUGUGUGUAUCCUGUAGGAGGAAAGGGACGAAGGAGGUACCGUCCGCGGCGAAGAGUGGGAGAAAGAGGCGACGGAACCGCGCGCUCCGCGGCCUCCCACGACGCGGAUCAUUCCUAGCCGAGUCUUUUCGACGCUCGCGACGCUUCUCCGAACGCCCUAGAAACCGAUCCUUUUUUUUUCGUCUUCAUGAACGUCUGCCCGGAAACGACACGGUCCUCUACGUCGUGACGACAGCCGUGCGCUGUGUCGAUCUUCAUUUGAUUUCACAUUCAAAACGUUGCCGCGCGGCAUUAAUUUUAAUUUUCUUCGCUACGCGCGUACGUAAUUCCUCGCCCAUCCCCUCUAAGCUUCGCCUAUUUAACACGCCUGUCUCCCACCCUUGGGAAUCCCUUUAACCUAGUCACAUCCCUCGAGAGCAACCGAGAGAGAUAGAAAGAGAGACACGAGGCGAGGAGAAAGCGUAGAAGAAAGUCUGCGAGGAAAGGAGGAGGAUCAGUGCAAGCACGACCGUUCACGGGAUCGAUUCGUAAUUGUUUGAAAGUAAAGAGAAAAAAAAAAAAGGAAAAAAGGAAAAAGAAACGGUUCGUUGAUUCCCGCCUGAAAGGAAGGCUGUGCAGUACCACGCGGUUCUCCUAGGAUAUAUAUAUAUAUAUAUAUUUAUAUACCGACACGCGCAUCCGCCGUUUGUGUAUGUGCCAAUCUCUGCCCGCGUGUUGGAGUAUCACCUCGGUUCAGGCCUUCCAGAAGUGAAUCCAACGAUUCGGAGCAGACAGCCGGGAGGACCAGCCAGCCAGCCAGCCAGCCGGCUCCGAUCGACCGAGAUAGUACACACUAGCUUCUCGUCUAGAGUGCGAGAAUAAACGCGUAGCGGCUCUACGCGCAGAGGCUGUUCGCUUUUUUUUUUUUUUUGAAAACGCGCGAGAUCGAUUGAGUUUUGAAACGAGGAUGUCGCACAAGAUACUGAGCCAAGGAGCACCGGUUCACGGGGGCAACUCACAGGUAAGAGAGUGAACAAUAACCUCAAAUUCGAUGAUGUUUCGAUAACUUGAACAAAGAGAACACCAAUGCGCCCAAUGAUAGCGGAAUACGACCCAAAGAAGCACGGUGUGAGAACAGAACUGUCAGACACGGUUCUUGUCAAAUACAAGUGCGAGAAAAAUGACAUACCGAUCACCGUCACGAACGGUUCCACGUUGCCGCUCGUGGAGCGGCCGAACGACGAGGAGGCGGCCCUCUACAAUCCGUUCGAGCACAGGAAACUGGCCCACCCGACCUCCGACCUCGACACGUUGAUACAUUUGCUGAAGGGGAGCCUGGGAACUGGGAUCCUGGCGAUGCCGAUGGCCUUCCGCAAUGCCGGCCUGCUGUUCGGUUUAUUCGCCACGUUCUUCAUCGGCGCGGUUUGCACCUACUGUGUGCACAUUUUGGUGAAAUGCGCGCACAAUCUGUGCAGGCGGACGCAAACGCCGAGUUUGGGCUUCGCCGACGUGGCGGAAGCGGCGUUCCUCGUCGGCCCUGAGCCGGUGCAGAAAUACGCUCGCCUAGCGAAGGCGACGAUCAACUCGUUCCUAGUGAUCGACCUGAUUGGCUGCUGCUGCGUGUACAUAGUUUUCAUUUCAACGAACGUCAAGGAGGUGGUCGAUUAUUAUACAGAGACUGACCGCGAUAUCCGAUAUUACAUGGCGCUGCUGCUGCCUCUCCUGAUAAUGUUCUCACUCGUGAGGAACUUGAAAUUCCUGGCGCCGUUCUCCAUGCUGGCCAACAUACUGAUCGCCACUGGAAUGGGGAUCACAUUCUACUACAUUUUCAGCGAUCUGCCCAGCGUCGGCGAUCUACCGAAAUUCUCGAGCUGGUCUCAGUUACCUCUGUUCUUCGGCACGGCGAUCUUCGCCCUCGAAGGCAUUGGUGUGGUGAUGCCACUGGAAAACAAUAUGAAAACCCCGACGCACUUCAUCGGUUGCCCAGGCGUGUUGAACACCGGCAUGUUCUUCGUGGUGUUGCUGUACAGCACGGUUGGUUUCUUCGGUUACUGGCGGUACGGCGAGGAGACGAGGGCCUCGAUCACUCUGAACCUGAAACAGAGCGACAUCCUCGCUCAGUCUGUCAAGAUAAUGAUCGCGGUGGCCAUCUUCCUUACCUACGGGCUGCAAUUCUACGUGCCCAUGGAGAUCAUCUGGAAGAAUCUCAAACAGUAUUUCGGCUCGAGGAAGCUCCUCGGCGAGUACAUGAUCCGCAUCAGCAUGGUGAUCUUCACCGUGUGCGUGGCGAUUGCCAUUCCAAAUCUAGGGCCGUUCAUCUCGUUGGUUGGCGCCGUCUGCCUCUCCACCCUCGGACUGAUGUUCCCGUCUGUGAUCGAGCUGGUCACCGUCUGGGAACAGGAGAACGGAUUGGGAGCGUGUUACUGGAGGCUCUGGAAGAACCUGGCGAUCAUCACGUUCGGCGUGUUGGGUUUCCUAACCGGGACCUACGUGAGCAUCCAGGAGAUCCUCGAGGAACACAAAUGAAGCGCCGGGUUCGAAGGAGCUGCGGUGCGACGGAAUAAUCGCUCAGCGCGUACCACAGAUGCCGGCGUGUCGUUGGACACCUUCCGCGCUCUCGUCGAGCGAGCUCGUUGUCAGAUCAGGUAGACGACGACGAACACGUACAACAACAACCACCACCACCACCACCAUCACCAGGAGGGUGCCGCCGCUGCUGUUGCUACUGCUGCUGCUGCUGGGCCAUCCAGCGUCAAAGUCACGCGGCCACGCGAGCUCCGAACUUGUAGCUUCGUCUCGCUCCUUUUCUGUAUUUCACGUUGUAUAGCACGAUGACUGUAACGGCGACAAAGGCGUCACAUUGUAGAUAGGGAUCCUCGACAGAUCAAUCUUGUUUCUCAUUCUUUUGUUACAAUCGUAAUCGUAUAUCGCUGUUAUGUAAUCGUGUCACCUCUGUCCGUGACACUACGAGGAGUUUGUGUAUUGGAAAUUACUCGUGAUACGUAUGUUUGCUCAAAAUGAGUCUCCGGUAACUUUAGUUGCACGUAAGUGGACUGCGCUCCACUCGAUGGAAGGAGUUUUGAGAUUAGACUUGUCGGGAAUUGAAGUGAAAACUUUGUGAAAAGUAGAGAAAAUAAUGUUUCCUUUCAAUAAUGACAAAUCUAUUUUAUAAAUCUCUAAGAUUUCUAAGAGAAAUUGCAAUUACUCUUGAUAGUUUACAGAAUACAUGUAACAUACAAAAAGUGUAUAUAGUGUCUAAAGUAGAGUAUUUAUUAUUAUACGUGGUAGAUGAAGCAAAUUUCUAUCUAAGUUCCUUAAAGAUAUUCGCAGUCUACUUAUGAAGAACAAUUAAAGAAGAGAAAUUUACAUCUGCAAGUUAUAUAAUCCCAAAUACGUACAGCGGCGUGUUUGCACAUACUCUUAUUUUGUUUUUUGAUGAAUUUUACUUUUAUCUACAUGCGAUUUUCGCAACAUCAAAUUUUGACGAUUGUCAUUAUACAAAGAUUAUACAUUAUUGAAUUGAAUCUAAUUAAUUAGUAUGUAAAUGCUACAAGUACAAAUGUGUGCGAAACGUUUUCUAAUCGGUGUUCUGUAAACAAGCAAUAUUCACGAGCUCGAUGUCUGUGUUCAAUCAUUUUGACAAUAAUAGUUACAGGAAAAAUUAUCGCAACAUACAAAGCGGGAUAGAAAAAAACGAGUCUUAUUGCUCGAUCGAUUAUCUUGAGCUUACACAAACUUCUUUUUGCACACUGUAGAAUCAUCACUAGGGCUUCGUUUCCCCGUGAAACUCGUGUAACCGACAUAAAUGGCAUAAGAACCGCGGCUUGACGCAAAAGAAAAUUCAAUCGAUCUUCGCCGAUUUACGUCAGAGUCGUCGCUACUGACGUCGGGCUGCAAUGUACACUAGGUGUACGGUGACAAUCAUUAAUGCGGCGUGUUUCACGUAGGCAGUUCAACGUUCACUUAACAUUUUAAACCAUCGAUUUCCACACUGUCUUCUUAACGAUUUCUCAAAUCGUUAAAUCUAUUGAAUUUCAUUCUCUGAAUUUUAUUAAUAGAUUAGUGGAAUGAAAUUCGAAAUCCAUCGGUCAGAUUUCGAAUUUCCUACGCCUUCCAGAUUUCUCGCGUCUCUUCAAACGCCUACUUUCGACUUCGUGUACGACGUUAAUGACUUUCACCGCGCAUCGAUCAUACGUUCGAGCGAUUAACCGAGCAAAGUCAAUGGCACAACGUGGCUCGGAGUACCCGGAUCCGUCAGACCGUGGGAUCCGUUCAAAAGACGAGAGCACCAUCAAGAACGUGGAUAUAGAAGCACCGUCUUUUUUUCUCACUUCCCCCAUCCGUUUCUCUCUCUCUUUUUUUUUUUUUUUUUUUUUUUUUUUUUUAUUAUUUAUUCGCGUUGCGUCGACCGUGCGCACGACGAAGUUUUUUUUACCAUCGCACUUCGCACAACUGCGGGACGGUUUUUCUCAUAAUUUUCUUUUUAUUUUUUAUUUUUUAUUUUCUUCUUUUUCUUUGUAGUUUACGCACCGUAUCACGCACGGACAUAGAUACGUAAAUUAUACUUAACUGAGCGUCAUUUUUACCUAUGAACAAGGACCGUUCACCGUUGAUUUUAUUUUUCUUCUUCCACCCCCCCCCCCUUUCCCCCUUUUUUUUCGACUUUAACGUGCGCUCGUUUAACUUUGUCGCGUUUAACAAAAGAGCAAUCUGUAAGAUAAGAGGUUUCCAAGGCCGAUUAUCGAUCGAUCGAUCCGCGUUAUCACAUUCUCCUGUUGAUUUGAAUUGAAAUCUGUGAAACAAUCUUAUCGACAGAAAUUCGGACACAUUCGUUCAGUUGAUAUUAAAAUUGGAAAGGAAAAAAAAGACAAGAAGAGAAGGAUAUUCUGUAUUCCGAUAAAGUGGAAGAUCGAUCGAUCUAUCGAGCGGAAAUCGUCAAUCUGUUCCUAGUGCACAUUGCACGAAAUGAGACGAAAGAGUAACGUACAAAAGUGAGUACUAAUUAAGAGUAAGUGACAGAAUGGCGCAGCGGGUGUGAUAAUAUCGCGAUGUGCACGUUUGCUAGUCUGUAAGAAGAAGUUCACAGCGAGAGUGACAGCGACACAAGUGUGUCGCGCGAGGUGUACGAUGCGAAAUUGGAUCUUUGAUCUUGGAAUCGAGAUCAGCCAAAAAAAAAAAAAUAAAAAUAAAAACAAAAACAAAAACGAGCAACUUGUGCACGAAUCAAUUUGUCGAACAGUGUCGAAGAUCUUGUAGAAUAUAUAUUCAGCGAUUCUCACGAAAGAUAUCAUCGAUCAUAAUCUCGAAGAUUGUCAUCCAUUGUAAAAUCGUUAGACAAAAUAAUUCACUGGACAAUGAAAAAACAAACAGUAACAAAUCUGAUAAUCUUCGCGUGGGAUAGUAUACAAAAAAAAAAGGGCUCGAGAAAUAUUUGCAACGAUCCAUUUUUCUCGCUGUCAUUCGAAGAUUAAUAUUGUUAAUAGCGGAUCUCGGCGAGAAGUUUAAAACGAAAUGGAAAUUGAUGGCCGCUAAUUCCGGCCUUCGUUUCAGCUUUGUACUCGCCGAGUGCUAUUUAUAUAUUCGGAAAGUAUAAUAAUACGCUUUGGAACGGCGCGUGUUGCACAGCGACAGACACGAUCGUCCUCCGUUUUCGUUUUAUUUUCGAUCGGCGUCCGAGCAAUUCCUGUCGUUCGCACUUCGAAACGCAAUGCAAUACUGUAGUGCCUUGAUCGUUUUCACCUCGCGGAGAUCGAUAGGAUGUAAGAUCGUUGUUCGUGCAGGAUGCAUCGCUAAAAUUAUGAAUGUCCAAAAUUAUGGAAACUGUUUCUACGAUUAUUUUACACGUCGUUGUAUUUUACACGUCGGAGUUAUCAGAUUCUUUAGGUAACUUUAGGCGAUGCAUUCUGUACGUUGACAAAAGAACUACCAACGACUGAAUGCGUAAAAUUUGGGAAAUAAUAGGAAAGAGAGUUUAUAAGAGUUAGAUUGAUGGGCGUAAAAGUAUUGAAGUACGCGUAAUGUUUUCAAAACGUUGUAGUUUUCAUAUCGUUCGUUUCGGUAGAGAUUAUUUUAGACUAUCUUGGGACAGAGUUGUUAUAAUUUUUCUCAUUUAUAAACUUUCUUUUUUUUUUUAAACGACUCAUCUUUUCAAUAAUUUCAUCAUUUUGUUCACAACAAUUGGAUCAUAUUUCUGGAUUAUACGUCGAUGAAAUUUAGUAACUUUACUGUAAAUCUUUUUAAUGUCGAAUUUAUAGUAAAUUGGCGAUUAAUGGCAGAACAAUAUUGUCCAGAUGGUAUUUAAAUUUCGACGAAACAAAAUUUUCAUGUGCAUCAAUCUGACACUGUAGAAUUUCUAUUUAUAUAUUUCCUUUUAAGAAUCGUUCGAAUCAUUGAGAAUAUUAUACACUAUUAUACAAAUCCAUGAUAAAUUCCCUCACCCUUAAAUCGUUAUUUUCGCCAUUCUUGGCAGUUCUGGCGUUCUGUUUCGAUUUCAAUGAUUUUUUUUUUUUUUUUAAAGUCGAUAAUAAUGUAUCUUGUAUGAGAGAAAGACGACGUGAAAAGACACAGUCGAUCGAAGAGAGACAAUAACCGAUGCACGGUAGUUAUUGCCAUUUUUUUUGUAUCAAAAAUGUAUCAGAUGUGUGUUUCAUCAAGAAUGAGCAAACUGUUCUUUCGAGCCACGGAAGGCUGCUGAAUUUUGCCGAGCUUCGUCCAUGUUUUUUUGUACUCGUCAAUUCUUUUUUCCAUCCAGGUUUUUUUCCUUUUUUUUUUUUUUAUAAAUAUAUAUGUACACUAUGUUGUACACGAAGAAUAGUUCAGGAUAGACGACUGUAUAAUCAAAACGAAAAUUACAACGAGGAUUCUCUAAUAAUAGAAUCACGAUUAAGAAAUGAAAAAUUUGAGAUAUAUAUAUAUAUAUUUACUAUAUAUCGUUUCGCUGCUUUUUUACUUCGGACUUCCGCGAUAAAUCGCGCGUCUUUGUGGCAAUGGUUGCCGCGCAAAGGAUGUUUCAUGUGCAUGUUAUCUCGUGCACACCGUCAAUUUUUGUCGGUCAUUCUACCAAACAAUGUUAUGAAUAUUUAAUACACGACAAUUUGCAAAAGAA